AUGGAGCACCCCAACAUCCUGGAAUACACGGACGAAAAUCCGGAGGGCAGCGAAGAGGAGGGGCCACACCCAGGACCAGAUGCCAGCAGCGAUGCGGCCAAUGAGCUCUUUGAGGAUGAUUCAGAAGGAGCACCGGCUGGACGAGUACAGAAUGACCUCGUUCCUGACUACGAUGGCGGGACGUCUGGAGCCUCUGUGGCAAAGCAUGUGGGCGAGCAUAUGCACGAGCUUGCCGAGAAGGCGGAUCGUACUACAGAGGCAUCUGGCGAGAGCAUCGUUGGUACAGACCUGUGCAAAUCAGGCGGGUUGCACGCACAAGUCUUCAGGGAGCUGGAGACUUUUGCAGCUGAUUCUGCAAUUGACAUCUGUCUCAUCCAAGAGACCAAAUGGAACUUUGAUGGCAAUUGGCAACCCAUCGACGUACUGAACAUGUACCAGUACUCUGCAAACGAUCACAAGCUUACUGCUGAAAGGUUACCAUACCUGAACAUCAAUGGCCCAAGGCCCCUUCUUCACAGCUACCCAAAUUCGACAAUCAACAGAUCAUUCAUGACCUCAGGCAGCCACACCCACCUCCUGCACUACGUGCCCUUCGCGAAGGUGUUGCGCAGCAUCUUCAACAGGCCGAAUGGACUACCAUUUCUGUUGGAGCAAGGUCUCCUACACCUGGCUCAGACACACUACCCUGCGCAGGUGACUACGGAAUUGGCUCCCAAGGCUACCGAUGAAAAACUCGCCAAUUGUGCCCGUCACAUGUGGGCUACCUUCAGGACCAUGCGAUCGCAUACUUUCACGGCCACGGGCAUCGUCACAGCUUGGAGGCAAUGGGCUACCUUUUCCAAAGCUCACCGUGAACACAAACAGCGCGCCAAGGCCAAAAGCAAGGAGCGGAAGUACGAUCUUCUACGGACUGCACAAGAAGCAGCACAACAGGGCAACAUGCACAAGGUCUGGCAAGUAGUCAAGACUUUGGCCCCCAAAAGCAAACGCAAACAACUGCAGCUACACAAGGACGGACACAUCAUGACGCCCCAGGCCGAGCUGGACUGGAUCAUCGAAGAGUUCGGGUCGAGGUAUGGAGCUCGUCCUAUGCCUUCAAUUGGCAAAACUCGAGAGCAUCCUCCGUUACAAAUUCAGGCCUUCGAGCUAUGGCAUCAACUUGAUCAUCUCCCGGUUCGCAAAGCUGUACCGUGCACAGCAGCACCCUCAGUGCUCUGGAAGGCUUGCUCUACAGAGGUCACCGCCUUUGUCACCGACCAGGUGAACCACGACUGGGAGCAAGAAGUUAUCUCCAUUGAACAGGACUGGGCUGAUGCAAGUGUUGCGCUUCUUCCCAAACCCAAAAACAAGAACGACACACCCAACAGCUGGAGGCCGAUUGGUAUCCAGCAUCCCUUAGGCAAGUGCCUCAUGUCGGUGGUCAUCUCUCGAGCCAAGCAAAACAUACACAACCUCAUCUACUUCUACCCUCAAACAGCAUAUGUGCCGCAUCGCAAUACCUUCACUGCUCUCAAAAGGGUCUAUGCUCAUUGCUCUUAUGUGCGAGAUAUGGCAAGCAGACACAGACUUACACCACACCAACAACAAGCUGGACUCACCACAAUCAGCAGCAGCGGCGGACUGCAGAUAUGCAUGGAUCUUUCUUCAGCUUUUGAUCUGGUCUCCUGGAGCUCGAUCCGAGAAGCACUUGAGUUAGCUGAAAUCGACGUCUCGGUCCAGGAAAUCCUUCUUUUAUGGCUCGGCCAAGUACGUUACAUCUUCCGGCACAAAAAUCUCGAACAAGACAUCUGGCCCUCCUGGGGCUUGAGACAAGGAUGCUGUGGAUCGCCUGUACUGUGGGCAGCAUUUACUGCUUUACUGGCUAGAGCGAUAGAUCAGAAGCUGCAAAACCAAUGGUGUAAGGACCAUGCCACACUAUAUGCGGAUGAUACACACUUGAAGUGGACCUUCACCAAGAUCCAGGAAUUCGACCAGGCCAUUGGUGAGCUUCGAUGUGUGUUCGCGAUCUUCAGGAGACUGGGCAUGAAGGUCAACAACGACAAGACCCAAGCCAUUCUCUCAGUCACGGGUCCGCUUAAACACAAAAUUCACAAGCUCUAUGUUCGCAAACAGGGCAAUGAUCGGCGAUUACUUCUAUCACCAGGUGAUCCGAAUCACUGGGUGCUUUUGGUCGAUCAGGCGGAAUACCUUGGCCUCAUUAUCUCCUAUCAUCAUUACGAGAAACAGUCAGUUCAACACCGUCUUGCGAAGGCCAAUCAUCGUAGAUGGGCGCUGGCGUCUAUCUUACAUACCAAGCGCAUGUCGAUUGCCUACAAGUUACAGCUAUGGCAGAGUUGCGCGCUUUCCACCAUGAUGUACGCUCUUCACUGUCUCUGUUUAUCUGCAGGCAAUGUACACUCCUUGCAGAAGACGAUUAUGAAACAUGUCAGGGCAAUUGUCGCGAACCAAGCUUUUCUUACCGGCACGACCCACGAUGAGAUAAUGAAGACGUAUCACAUCAGGAUGCACGGACUGGACCCGGACAUGAUGGACUUCUUUGGAGAAUAUCAGGAGAUGGAAGAGAUGCCAGGGCCUAUGCAACCAACACAUGCCCCGAGGAAUCCCUUUGUGACUCCAAACAAACGGAGACGAGACCCGUUCGGGACCUCCAGGCCGACGCCCUCACCAUUUCGACCACCCCACUACCAACAGGGACCACAUCCACCUCGAGCUCCGCACAGGGAUCCAUUGCUCUUUACUUUGGCAAAAACAGUGCUAAAGCAACAGGAGGAGCUGCAAGUACUCCGUCAGGACACAUCUUACAUCCUCUUCCUCCGCGCGGGGGAACAUUCAGUCUUGAGCCACCUCUACCAAACUGCAGUCAAAUUCAAGCAGCAGCAGGAGGCGGACCCAGGCUGGAAGCUCGGACACGUUCCCCUUCGGAUGGUUCUUGCGGUGUCCCUAUUCAAGGAGUUGAUCGACCGUCUCAACUUGGUCUUGGCCUCUCAGGAGAAACUACAAAAGGUCACGGACAGCGGAUGGAGAAACGAGUCGGGGUGGCGGUUCCAGAGGUGGAACCCCACCCUGAAACACCUCGAAAUCGACCAGGCAAGACCCUCCAUACCGGACGACCAGCUCCUGGACCACUUGGCCACGAUCCUACAGUGUCUCAAGCACCCAAUUGUGAACAGGUUCCGCUGCAAGCGCAAACUCGCGGAAACAAUGACGUCUCAGGCAACCUUUGUCAUGGAUGUAUCUCUCAGGAGCCAGUUCUCGACAACCCUUUGGGAUACACUGAGGAUUCUUCAAAACAAUGCUAUCUUCCAACUCAUCGGCACCAGCUACAAGACGGAGAGCCUUGGCCGGAGCCCCAUGGAGCAGCGCAUCCGGGACUUGCUAUACGGCCAACAAUGA